UCGGGGCACCUGCACACAACGCCAAAUAAUGAGCUAAGAAAAGCAAGGAAUUGGGUAUUGUUUUCGUAUAGAAUUAAUGUCUUUUUACAUAAAUUUAGUAUAUGAGUACUCCAGGUGUACUUACCGAACGAGGUUUAACUAAAGUUACCAGCCGCUGUAAUAUAGAUUCAGUUUGGUCAACAUGAAUGAUGAUGAAGCAAUCCGUUUUAUUAAUUCGUUAGUUAAGAACCUGCAAGUGUUAUGUCAUGGUAGUGUUGAAUUCAAGAAUAAAGUAGAAGUGAUAGGACAUCUUUAUUUAAAUGUUGAUAGUGACACAAAGUUUGACUAUGUUGUUAAUGAGAAGGUUUGCAAAAAUGAAGAAUCUUCUACAACCUUUGUGAGUAAUAGCUUUCAUGCAGCACCUAAGAAAACUGUUGCCGAAAGAAAAAAAGAACUUGAAGAAGAGUUAGCCAAAUUACAAACAGAGCAAGCCAGAAAUCAGCAAUUAAUAAUAGACGACAGACGAAAUAAUGAUGGUCGUAGAAGAAAGUUCCCUUUCGACACAAGUCCUACAAAUCAGUUAGCAUUUAAUAGACAAUCUCCAAUGAGGAGGGAUAACUUUCCAAUGUCAUCUCCACAAAGACAUAGAGAUGCUGCCCCAAUCCCUAAAAUGCCUAGACUUUCAUUUGAUGAUAUUCCAUCAUAUGAUAUGAAUGCAAUUAAUUCAUCGUCAGCAUCGCAUCAGCCAAGUUCAUCAGCUGAAAGAAGUGAUAAUGUUUACAUGCCAUCUACCUCUUUGUCAUCAUCCACUGAUAAAUCUGAAACACAAGAUACGAAGGCAGAUAUUAAAAUUGAUCUAACCUCCAUUAAACAAGAAUAUAUAUCACAGUUAGACACAGACAAUGAAAGUAGUUGUGUCUUUGAUAGAGAUAAAAUGGCAGCAGAUCAGUCUUCGAGCCAGUUAUAUGGUAGCUCUUCUAAUGUACCACCCAGCGAUAUCAAUCUUUUAUCAAGUUCUCCAAAUUAUUCUCAGUCAAAUCAAAAUUUCAAUAUACGAUCAAGUAUUGAUCAGUCUCCACGGCAUUCUCCAGGAGCAUCUAGUUUAGGAUCACCAAGAGGUUCAACAUUUGUACAAUCACCUCCGUCCAUGUCUCAGGGGUCAACACAAGAGGGAAAUAUUACUACUUCUGGCAGGAUGUUUCCUAGAAAAGCGGACAAAUCGCAAACUCAAAUAUAUUGUGAUUGUGGAAAAAUGUUUCGAACCUACAGUGGAUAUGCUGAUCAUAAAAGAAGUCAUGAUGGAAACUUUCGUUAUACUUGUCCAAUAUGUAGUAAAGGCUGUAAUAAUAAACAGCAAUUUAUAGGACAUAUGAACAAUCAUUCAAAUAAUAAGCCAUUUAAAUGUGAGAGAUGUUUGAAGGAAUUUACUUUUAAACACAACUUGGUACGCCAUGACAAAACAUGCACAGCAAAAACAAAUUCUUGAUCACUACAGUAUGUGUGACCUUGUUGACAUUAAGUUUAUCUGUUUAUUUUCACUUUGAAGUUGAAUAUGUACUUGGAAUAUGAAAUGAUACUGCAGAGACUUUAUUAUGAAAACUAAGCACAUCUGUAUUGACAGUAACAACUGUCUGGAAAUACACAUGUAUUAUAUUAAUGAAAGGGGUAUUCAAAACAAAUUGAUAAGUGAGAAAAACUCCAUAUAAUUUCAGUUUAAUAUAAAUGUAUUAUGGCACAUUGUAUCAAGGACUUUCCUUUUCUGUGUUGUGUGUAUUGGUACAUGUAUAUAAAAAGUUCAGUGACCUUGAAAGUUAAUUGUACUGAUCCUACUUUUAGUUCAGUAUUUUGAAUUUAUUUUUUAAGGGUGCAAUGUGGUAAAACUGAUUACAAGAAAUUGUGAAAUAUCUCUUCAUUAGUUUACAAUAAGUCAAGAUAUUUGAGAAUUAAUUUUAGAGUUCUGUGUAAUGUAGUUUUAUUUGCAAAAUUUUAAAGUAUUUUACCACUGAAAAGGCAUGUUUAUUUAUUUUCAAAAAUUACAAUUGGAACAAAUGUAUUUUGUAGGCUUUAUGUCAAUUUUUUGUGCUCUUUAUUCUAUGAUUUGUUUUGUUCAAGAUAUGUUCCCUCAAGUGUAGUUGGCCCAUCUAACCUAAUCAUGUUCUUAUCUAAAAGUAUAUUAUAUGUAUUAACCGGCAAAAAUUAAAUUGUUAUCUCAAAUUGAAUAUAAGAAUAAGGUGGGUAGGAGGGAGGUGGUGGAGGGACACAUUUAUUUUGUUUUUUAGUACAAAAAUAACAUGUUUUUGGACUUUGAUUAUAAAUUUUUGGUUCAAAAAGGCUUUUUUUGGUCAAUAUUCAUGCAUUCAUGCAUACACUUGGGCAAAAAAAUUAUUACAGCCUUUCUAACCACAUGGGCUCCCUUAUGCAUGCCACAAUAAAUUAAACGAGUUGGUAAUACAUAUAAUAAAGAUUUAAAACCACUGAGUUGGACUUUGAUAUUUUACUCACAAGUUACUUUUUAUAGUAGGUAAUAUCAGAGCUCAUUCAUUAAUCGUCUUGCAAGUAUACAAAAUGGUGACUGAGUUACAAUUUGUUGAUCGAUAAAUUUAUCCCAUGAAGCAUUUCAAAAGAUAUAAUGUUUCUUAACUAAAUCUUACCAGAUAGUUUGGAUAUAUUACCCAAUUGAUGGUUAUGUGCCGUAUUUGGAUUGCAACUCUCAAGAAAAUAUGUCUUUAAAUGGCACUGAACCUGUACAGUUUAGUUUAAUGAAUUAUUCCUUUACGUUUGAACAAGUAUUGUAC